UAUUUUUUUUUUUAUUGGCUAUUUAUAAGUUGGGGACAUAAUAGUUUCUCCCGUUUUAUUGGCUACCAAAAUUUCCGCUCAUCUUGUCCGGAUUCCCCCAUUUUUAGUUCUCCGAAUCAAAGAAUUAAAGAAUGACUGAUGGGUCCAGAUCACCGGCCAUCGCGACGUACCGGAAACCCAAACUACCAUUAAAGGUUCGGCUCUCCAUCUCCCUCCUCUCCGCUAUAAAGGACGCCACCCGCCGCGCGGACGGAACAAUCAACCGCCGCCUCCUUUCCUUCCUGAACCUCCGCGUCCCUCCCAACCCUACCACGGUCCACGGCGUCCGUACAAUCGACCUCACGGUCGACCCCGCACGUAAACUUUGGUUCCGCCUCUUUCUCCCCGGCGACGGUCGUCCUCAGCGUCUCCCCCUUAUCGUCUUCUUCCACGGCGGCGGAUUCGUCUAUUUCUCUCCCGACACCCGCGGCUAUGACCUAGCUUGCCGCCGCAUCGCCCGCAAGAUCCCAGCCAUCAUCGCCUCUGUUAACUAUCGACUUGCCCCUGAACACCGCUACCCCGCCCACUACGAAGACGGCAUCGAUGUCCUCAGAUUCGUCGAUUCUGGUGGAAUCGAUGCAGUCGCUGGCGAUCUGGUUGACUUUUCCUCCUGCUUUCUCUCCGGCGACAGUGCCGGCGCUAACAUCGCCCACCACGUCGCCCGCCGUUGGGCCGCAACAGGCGGUGGAUGGAACAAGGUGAACCUAUCAGGCAUCGUCUUGAUCCAGCCCUAUUUUGGUGGGGAAGAGAGGACGGAAUCGGAGAUCCGCCUCAACAGAGCGCCGCUUGUAUCAACGAAAAGGACGGAUUGGCUGUGGCGGGCGUUCUUGCCGCCGGGAGCUGAUCGGGACCAUGAGGCGGCGAAUGUUUUUGGGCCGAGAGCGACGGGGGAACUCGAAGAAGGGUUCCCGCCGGCGAUGGUGGUGGUCGGCGGGCAAGACCCGCUUCAGGAUCGGCAGCGGAGCUACUGUGAGGGAUUGAAGGCGAGGGGCAGGGAGGUGAGGCUCGUGGAGUUCCCGGAGGCCAUCCAUGCCUUCUACGUUUUCCCGGACAUCGCGGACGGCGAUAGGAUGAUCGAGGAGAUGGGGAGCUUCAUUAGGUGAA